AUGUCCAACAGCGUAUCGAUCCCCAAUAUCUCUGACGAAGAGAAGGGCCAAGAAACCAACGACGACUACGUUCGGAGGACAAGAUCCAAAUUCCGAAGGAUUCACAAUAAAUUAGGGCAUCGUCAUCGUACGAGAAACAACUGGAUUUUCCAUGGAGUAGUGAGAAAGCUGAGAAAAUGGUGGACGAUUCCUUUAGUCCUCCUAUCCGCCGGAUUGUUCGUGUACGAGGCUUCUACGAUAUGGAAAAAGUUUAAAGAACCGCCUGGAUCAGAGCGGAAUACGGUGCCCACUACUCGUAUUGUUCAUGGCGUUAGAGAACGUUGCUUGAAGCUAUCACCUCCAGAAUAUAUUAAAACACUUCCUUCUUCUUUUGAGAAGUCUGCUUCACCUGUUAAAGAGAUUGUGUACAUAACGGGGAUCAAUUCUUCAUUUAGUGGUGAGAAAACAACCCUGCUACAGCAGCCGUUUGAAGUCUCAAGGUUCAACAGGUUCACUGGGUUCCAAACAUUUUAUGAAAGGAAUGAAAGUUUUAAGGUGGACGAGAUAGCUUCUGUACAUUGUGGUUUCUACAGUGAGAAUGGAGGGUUUAAGGUUUCUGAUGAGGACAAGAGUUACAUGGAAACAUGUCAAAUUGUGGUGUCUACUUGCACAUUUGGUGGAGGAUAUGAUCUAUAUCAACCGAUAGGAAUGUCCAAAGAAACAAUAAGAAAGGUAUGCUAUGCUGCAUUUUGGGAUGAGUUCACACUUAAAACAAAAGAGUUGGAAGGAAGUCAUAUUGAUAAUGACCACAUGAUCGGUAAAUGGAGGAUUAUUGUUGUUAGGGAACUUCCUUUCGUUGACCAACGGAUGAAUAGUAAAAUCCCAAAGAUGUUAGGACAUAGAUUGUUUCCUCGAGCAAGGUAUUCCAUUUGGGUGGACUCGAAAUCUCAAUUACAUAGAGAUCCUGUGGCGGUUCUGGAAGCACUUCUUUGGCGCACAAAAUCAGUACUUGCCAUUUCAGAACAUGGAGCACGCAGUAGUGUCUAUGAUGAGGCAUUAACUAUAGUGCAGAAAAACAAAGAGAAAACAGAAGAAGUAGAUAUGCAGAUCACUCAGUACCGUAUGGAUGGAUUUCCUGAAGUCAAGAGGUUCAAUGAACAAAAAGCUUUGGCUGAAGCUUCCAUAAUAGUGAGGGAUCACACUCAACUAACAAACAUGUUCAUGUGUGCUUGGUUUAAUGAAGUGGUUCGUUUCACUGCACACGAUCAACUCAGCUUCCCAUACGUGAUGUGGCGAAUGGGAAUGCUAAAAGACAUCAACAUGUAUCCUGUCUGCACUCGUAGGGAUCUGGUAAAUACAACGGGUCACAAGAGGCAGGAAAAACCAAACACAGAUGGUGAUGUCUAA